AUGGUGAAACUGAAGUGGGGUAUGGAAUACAAGGGAUACCUGGUCUCUGUGGAUGGCUACAUGAACAUUUAG